AUGAAUGAGAGCCUGCGAGAUAAGCGUGGGGAAGUUAGAGUAUGCGAGGCCAAGAACCUGCCGUGCUCAUCCUUCUCGGGCAGCUCCAGGAACACCUGCUGUGCCAUCAAGAUCGACUCGGAAGAAAUAUUUCGGACCAGCGUCGUCGAGAAGUCUACAGACCCGUUCUUUGCUGCAGAAUUUCAGAGUGAGAUCCCCAGGAAGUUCCGCUACCUUUCAUUUUACAUGUAUGAGGUUGGAAAUAAAAACAAGGUCCUGGGCAAGGUCUCUCUGAAGAAGGAGGAACUCUACAAGUAUCACCAGAAGGAGCACUGGUUUCCUCUCACUUACCAAGAUGGGGACACAGAGGUACAGGGCAAGGUUCAUGUGGACAUUAAACUGGAGGAGUGCCUCAAAGUGUCCUCGGAUACCUCCCACAGGAUGUCGGUCAGAGUGAUGGAGUGUAGUGAUCUAACUAUAAUCAACGGCUCCUGCAAUCCUUACGCUGUGGUCUCAGUGUCCUAUGGCAAGUCAAAGACAAAAGAGCUGAAGAAAACAUCAGUCCGCAAGAAAACAAUCUGUCCACAGUUUGAUGACACAUUUUAUUUCAAUAUUGACAAGUGCCACAACCAUGACAAGACCUCCUACGUGUUUGAUGAUUUCAUGGCCGGAGAGAUCAGCAUCUCAGUCUUCCAUGAUGACUCCAGAGUUUCAAGAGAAGUUCUUGGCAAUAUAUUCAAAGGAGGAUUUCUGGGUGAGGUCAAGAUUUCUAUGAAAGACAUUGAUUUUACACGACCUCAUAAUGCCUGGUACUGCCUGCAAGCCAAGGAACAAAGCCGAGCCAGGGAUCAGUCGCUGGGCUCCAUACGUUUGAGAAUCUCAUAUACUGCUGAUUAUGUAUUUCCCUCCAAUUACUAUGAUGGGCUUCGGAACUUGAUUUUGAAAUCAGGGGAGACAAAACCAUUCACCUCCAGUGCUGUGUUCAUCCUGGGUGAGAUUGUCAACCAUGUAGAGAGUGCAACCAGAGAGAACGCCGCCCAACCCUUGGUGAAACUGUUUCUCCACCAUGGCAAGUUGCUGCCUGUCAUCAAUGCCCUGGCAUGCUGGGAAAUGUCCACCACAAUGGAUCCUAACAUUCUGUUCAGAGGCAACAGUUUACUGACAAAAAUGGUUGACGAACUAAUGAAGCUAAUUGGAUUGCCUUACUUACAUGACACACUCAGGGGCUUCAUUGACCAGGUGAUUAGUGAUCCCAGACCCUGUGAGAUUGACCCCUGUCGUCUGAAGGAGGGAGAAGACCUGACAACAGACAUGACCAGCCUGUACGGAUACGUACACGAAGCUCUCAGCAUCAUCGUGGGGUCAGGUCUGGUGUGUCCGCCCAUCCUGAGGGAUGUCUUUUGUACACUCAAGUCCCAGGCAAUACUCAAAUAUCCAAAUAACAUGGCAAUUCGCUACCAAGUGGUCACCAGUUUUAUCUUCCUGCGAUUCUUCACUGCGGCCAUCAUGGGUCCAAAUCUCUUCGACCUGUACUCAGAGACUCUGGAGCCAUGUGUACAGAGGACAUUGACACUCAUCUCAAAGGGAAUCUCAGGUCUGGUCUCACAGGUCAGCUCCAAAUCAAGCAAUCUGACCACUAAGGAAGAAUACAUGACCCCACUGUUUGAGAUGUUCCCACCAUUGCUACAGACAGAAAUCAAAAUGGUAAGCAUCCUUCUUUUUUUAGACAUCAUAUCCUCAAGUACAGGGUCACAUGUCAAGGUCAUUGAAGCUCCAAUCAUUCUCAAAGAAGGCUAUCUCAUCAAACGAGCACAAGGGAGGAAGAGAUUUGGGAUUCUCAACUUCAAAAAACGAUAUUUCCAACUGAGUAACCAGUCUCUGUCUUAUUAUAAGAACAAAGGGGACAAGCAUGUGUUGUAUCAAAUUCCCAUAGCUGAAAUCUUGGCCGUGGAGAAGCUGGAGGAGGAGUCAUUCAAGAUGAAAUAUAUGUUUCAAGUGAUCCAUGUACGUAGGGCUCUCUACAUUCAAGCCAACAACUGCGUGGAGGAGAAGGAGUGGCUGGACAUAUUGACGAAAGUGUGCAAAAGCAACCAGCACCGGUUGAACUUCUACCACCCUGCGGCUUUUGUCACCAACCACUGGCUGUGCUGCAAGCUGACAGAUCCUACCAUGCCUGGAUGUAAACCAGUCACAGGUGGUCUACCCCUGGAUGACAUCCUGGAAGACAUUGACUCCGACAGAGAAGUGGAGAAGAUCCACUCUCUUCUUCUGUCUGCAAUUGACCUUCUGGAUGAUUUACAAGAGACUUGUGGCAGCCAAGUGGUCUAUGCUGGAGAA